AUGUUGCAUCGGACGUCGUCGUCACAGCGUCGCCGCAGGGCAUCCCGCAGUGCGGCGACUUCUCCUCAAGCAAGAUCUCCGAGGGCUUCAAUUCAAACUUCACGUAGGGCGUCAUUAGCAACCACAGAAACUGACGAAGAAUGUGAACCGAUACCCCCACCACAAAGAAGUCCUCGGGCCAGUCUUGCCCCAGAUGCAGCACUAGAUGGCUAUCACCGCAGUCCACGAUAUUCACUAACGCCAGAAACCAGGUCAGCCAGAAAUUCCAUCACACCAGACGCAGCCCAUAACAUAAGAAACACGUUAACACCGUCUAGGAAUAAUUUAGCUGUUGACAUGUCAUACGGAUCAAGAUUAAGCCUGAACCCUCAGGAUUUUAACCGAAGUCCAAGAAACAGUAUAACUCCAGAUGUUUCAGCGAGGAGUCCAAGAAGAAGUUUGGUUCCUGAUGGAACAUCUUGGAAUCAGCCUAGAAAUUCCUUAGUUCCUGACGUGGGCCGAAGUCCGAGGCAUUCCGUAGCGAGUAUACAGAUUGAUCCAGCUAGAACUCAAAAGGAAUUAGGUCCGAGCCCGAGAACGAGUCCACGAGGGAGUAUAGGACCUGAUGCGCCAUUGAAAAUGAAAGAAGGUUCCGAAGAACGAUUUCCUAUAAACAGAAGUCCACGAGGCUCGCUGGUGCCUGAUUCUCAAAGGAGUCCUAGGGGAAGUAUUGCGCCUUUAGAAAGAAGUGCUAGAGGAAGUUUGGUUGCUGAUGGUCCAGACGCGCCAAGAGUCAGUCCGAGAGGCAGUUUGACGCUAACGUUCCAGGAGCCGUUGACAAGAGAAAGGCGAGCUAGUGAAGACAGUCAAUCCGCAACAAAAGGCCGAAGUGUAUCACCGUAUCGAGCCUCUUUAGCUGGAAGACAAAGUGGCACAGGAGCUCUCUCGGACGCUGGUUCUAGAAGAGCAUCAAGUUCAGUAAGCCAGGUGUCAGGCGAUGAACAACGCAGACUGUGCGGGGAACAAGCGAAGUACAGUGAGCGAGCGGGCCUUGGACUUGGAGUAGGCCUCACCACGUAUGGCUCAGUGGCAUACCAGCUUAAAGAUGCCAAUAUGGAGGCCUCGGGUACCGUUGACUUCAUCUGCAGGGCUGCUAGAAUCAUCAAUAGAACUAUCGUGAUGACCGUGUUCUUGGCUUGCCUGUCAACGCUGCCUGUCAUCAUGCUAAUCAUGGGUGUCCAAUACAUACGCGACUGUCCCGCUGAGCCUCGGAUCCCGGUGUACAUGGUGGUGGGCGGUGCGGCAGGUGGCGCUGGCAUCUGCUGGCUGCUGUGGGCCCAGCUGGCUUCAAGGAGCUCCAACUCUUCGGCCAGCGUGCCUGAAAGGGUCCUCGCCUAUACGCUGGUGGUCUUUCUUAUGGGAUGGUUCGCGUUUGGUAACCUGUGGACCUUGGAGAUAAUGUGGCCGGACUACGCGCCUACAUUGUUCGAGCCGAACCAGUGGUGCCACCGCACGUUAUACGUGUUUGCGCUCACGCAGCUCGGCGUCGUCUGGGGCCUGUUGUUGCUGUUGCUGCUUUUGUUCUUGGCGCUUAUUGUUUGCCAAGUGUUCGGCUGCGGGUGGCUAGGUCCACCAAGAUACAAGUAGCAACGGCGGAGCGUCGUGCUCGAGCUGUGGCACAGGAACAUCAACAACACCAUGGACGUCGCCGGCGCCCUCCUUCCCUUCACACACGUUGUCCGCCCUGAACUUACCAUACACGUACAAGAAGUGCUGACUCAAGCAGAUAAAGACGCUGGUGGUGAACCACCAAUAAAACAUUCCAUCCCUGAAAUAAAUGAACCAACAGACGACGAUAAAAGCCCAGUGAAAUCUCCAGUGAAUAAAAAAUAUCGUAAGGAUGUGGUUAAUGGUAGGAAAGGGAACCCGGCCUGAUGGUUGUUGGUCGUGCUGCCACCUCACGGCAAGAAGCACGUACAUUUUGAAGCAACGGACAAAGUGUAUUACUUCUGACUACGACUUAUCUUGUGCAGACAAACUUAGCAGUGUUAAAGGAAGGUUGGACAAAGGUGAUUGAUUUAAAGAAGUUC